CCUGGAGCCCCGGUCCACCAUGUAGCUCAAACCUAGGUAUCUUGGUUUUGACCCACAGCCAGACUGACAGGAUGGUCAAACCCUCGCAUGUGUGACUCUUGCAUGGCAACUGCAGCCGUGAACAUCAAACAGUGUGUUUCUUCGAACUCCUGCUAUAUGCAUUCGAACAAAGAUGAUGUGGAACUUAUUGGUUUUCUAUGUCUAUGUGGUGGCUUCCAUGCGGGUGGAGCAGUCCGACAUGGAGGCUGACAAAGCCCAAGAGGAGAUGUUCCCUCAUUCUGACAAGAUGACGCCGGAGAAGAUUCAGGAAGAGCUGGUGGACUUCCUGAAGGAAGGCUUGUGGAUAUGGAUUGAGGAGGACCAGUUCUUCCCGAAGUACCAGGCCCCGAGCAAGAAGACCCUGGACUACAUCGAGGGGAAGUCUCGCAAGGACCCAUGCCAACAGCAGGUGGGAGGACUGUUGGUCGAGCUCACGAAGGCUUGCGAGCAGGCAAAACCAUGGGAUGAUCGGAAUUACUUUGGCAGUCUGCCGCUCAAGACAUGUGUGGACUCCGCCAAGGACGUAUUCCUGCAUGGCAAGGACAUCAUAGCGGCCAUGCGUGUUCCCAGCAAGCUAGUCCAAAGUAAAUGGAACCCGGUAGGAAGGGAGACUUUGCGCUUGGUGCAAAGUCUUUAUUUUAUGAAGCAAUGGGUCGUGGGUUUGGCCACAACGGAGAAAGCCGCCAUUUUGUGGGCCGGCUUUUGGACCGACCCCGAUGCCCCCAAAGGGCAUUUGGAGCGGUCCUCGAAGGAAAACUUGCUCAAGUUUGCUCGCCUGACGGAAUCUCAAACAGUCCAUCCAAGCACCAAGCUGGGCCAAAUGAUUGAAAAAUUUGAUGAACUGGACCAAUGCCGUGAUCAUCCAGUUGUGGCCAAUUUCUGGUCCUUUGCAAGUUUUUCCUUCGUUUUGGGCAUGAGACAGAAGCACCAGGGCACCGUCAUUGCCUUGGUCAACAAGGACUUGACUGGCAAAUGGCGCUUGGACCAGUCCGUUUUGUCUCAACACGAGAUCCCGACUUUGGGCAUUGCGGCAUGGGCACUUGGUUGGUGGUCCCCGCAAAUCAUCUUGCUGGAUUUGAAGGGCACGUGUAGUAAAACAAGCCCUAUCUUGCGGAAACGGAUGUUCUCGGACCUGAAGCCUUGGUUUCGUGUCCAAAAGCACUUCACGCCUGAAGAGUUUGCAUAUCGUUCCCGCCCAACCUGGACUUGCAUCGAUUGCAUUGAGAAGUCGUGCAGUUUAUCAUCAGUUCUGGCCAAGAAUCUAAAAAAGCUUCAAGAGGCCCAAGACCAGAAGGACCGAAAGAGCAUGGAACUCCUGGAAGCUGCGGCUGCAGACCACACCUACACGGGGUUGAGACUGCUGGAUUCGGGCGCUGAUCCAAACGUCGGGGGCUUUCGGGGUUUCACUGCCUUGCACCGUGCGUCGCAGAAUGGCAACUUAGCUCUCACACGAGCGCUGCUGCGCAAAGAGCGAGGGAAAGGAUUGAGGGCAGCGAAGACUGAGGGUGGAAUGACUCCACUGAUGUUGGCUGCUGGAUCUCCUAAAGCAGGGCCGCGAGUGGUGAGGCUGUUGCUUCAGGAGAGAGCAGAUGUGAAUGCCAAGGAUUGGUGGGCCCGGACUGCGCUGACAUAUGCGGAAAAGUGGGGCCGUGUCCCCGAGGUGAUCAGCGUUCUCAAAUCCUCUGGCCGGAAAUGAUCUCCGGGCGAUGCUCUGUGACUCUCAGUGACUGCAUGCAGUUCAUUGGACAUAAACAGAGCUCCAGAGCGCCAAAGUGGGGUUCCGUUUGGUUGGGCACAGAUCAGAGUGAUUGUAUGUAUGGUUUGGAAGAAGAUACUGAUUUACAAAUGUCUUCGAGACAUGGUGCCAAUUCGCAAGUCAUGAUUCAUGAUCAUAUGUUGAAAUCAUAAACUGGAUUUGCGGAGUGGUUUUUAGACGUUUUGAGUGAUUGACACUUCUUCUUUGGCGGAAUCCAAGUUUCAUCUUGGGUGUCGGUGUUUUCUUGUUGGCAGCCAGGCUGGCACAUGGGCGUGUAUUGGAAAAGGGAGACCCCUCCUGGCCCAAUGCAUAGACUGUUUGUCUUUACAUUGUUUUUAUUACUGUAUAUAGCUGCCAAAUACAUCCAAAUACCAUAGUAACUAUACAAAUACCACCAUCACCUAUGAAGUUAUCUUAUUUGUUGCGGAUCUAUUGUUUGGGACUCCGACGGACUGGGAGGCUCGAUCAAUAGACACCAGUCCUAGCCAUUCGAACACCCACAGCCCUAGCCUUUGGUCUAGCACCAGGAUGACCCUCCUCAUCAACUG